GGGUGAUUUGUGAUAAUAUUUUAUAGCUAUCACUUUUGUUUUGUGCCACCAGAAACCCAGUUGUGGGAUCGCCUUCCCAGUAAAAAUGACAGACACUCCGCCUGAGAAGAAGCAGAAGUACGGGGAUGUCCUCACUACAAGGGAUAACAGAGAAGGUAUUGAGAUCCUACAGCAGAAGUUGGAGGAGUGGGGUCAUUUGAGAUAUUAUUUUCAAUCUUUUAACAAGGAUAAGUUGUAUAAGCCUCAGUAUCAUUAUCAUAUAGCAUCAAAAUUUGAUGAAACAUGCUCAUUGAAUUCAAGCUUCAGUUUCUCAAUGGAUCCAGUGAUAAUUGGAGGGGUGAAACCUUGUUCCUAUUCUGAGUUGGAAAGCAUAACUGAUUUCAAGGUGCCCGAUAGCUUUGUUUCGAGGGCAUGUGUCGGACGAUUGUUCAGAGGAACCAUUAACAAGGGAUUUGAGAAACGACAAGUGAUUGUAAAAACGUGGGAUUUUCCCUUUCCUAGUGGAAUUCAUUUUCAUGACAUGCCAGCUAGGUUUUGUGACCUGAUUGAGCUUUACACAGACAAUGAAGUAAGCAAACAUCCAUAUUUGGCGAAGUUAUAUACGUACUGCUACGAAAAAAGGCUGGCAGCUGUCUUUGAUCAGAAAUUUACAGCUGUCUUGUCUGACAUGCUUCUCGAUGAUGGCUUUGGGUGGCAUAGUCGGAUUAAGGUGGCAACUCAGCUUGCAGAUCUCUUGGCAUGGUUGCAUGAUAAGAGGAUUGCAGUUGGCUCAGUUGAAGGUUCAUGUAUUAUGAUAGAUGAGAAAAUGAAUAUAAAGGUGCUUGGAUUUGGCUGUGUUUCUCGUCAUAUAGAUGAAGAUUCUAAACUUCCCGCGAGUAAAGUUUUUUAUAGAGAGGCUUUUGAAGUUCGUUGUGGAGGUGCACCAAUCUCUCUUUCACUCAUUUCCAGUAUAAAAAAGAUCUCUUUUAGCUUUCAUCCAAUAUAACUGACUGAUGUUUUGUUGAAAUUUAGGAUUGAAGUAGUAGAAAAACAACUGUAUUUGGUCUUUAAAUGGUUCAGAUGUGUAUAGGACAUUAGUUCAUCACCAUGAUCUUAAUAUUAUGUUUAUUGACAAUCAACAUGACAAUUCAGGUGUGAGGAUGAUGAAAUCUGAUGUUUAUGUAUUCGGGAUUCUACUAGUGGAGCUGAUAGCAAAAAAGAAGUACGGCUUCGAGAUGACGCUAUAUGAUCUAGAAUGCGACGUGGAGGAUAUGGAAUUAAAUGGCAAAAAAGGAUUGGUUCACGAGUCAUUCAAAGAGGUCGAUAGUAAAACUGCAAGGGUGAUCACGGACCUCACAAAGACGUGCUUGAAUAAGGAACCAACGAAGAGGCCGAAGAUGGAAGCUGUUUCUCGCUGUUUGGAGGGAUUGUGCAACCGUAGUCUUUAAAGAAUGUGUCUGUAUCUAUCUUCGUGUUUCUUCAUUUCCACUGUUUUUACUUUUUAACGCAUCUUCUCUUUGCAAUUGAAAUAAUGUCUGCAUGACUGCAUGACUGCAUCUAUCUUCUCUUUGAGAGCAUUGGACACCCGUAUUGAAGUAAUGUAUGCAUCUAUCUUCUAGUUCCGGUGUUUUUGAGUACCUGAAUAGUUUCACCUUGCAUCAAAUACAGAGAUAAGUUGUAGGCUUUUAAUGGGAGGGAGGAAAGUGUUCCUCUUUUGCCCGGGCCCAUUACAUAUUUACACUAAAUAAAAAUUGUCCCAUAUAGGACUAAAAAGUUCUUAAAAUUCCUAAAUAGGAUCUACUAUGUUUAUUUCCCUUAA